AUGAGCGGGCACUACAACCUCAAGUCGCUCAUCAAAGCCAUCCGCUCGUGCAAGACACUUGCGGAUGAACGAUCGGUGAUUCAGAAGGAGUCGGCUGCGAUCCGAACAUCCUUUAAGGAGGAGGACUCGUUCAUGCGCCACAACAACAUCGCAAAGCUCCUCUACAUCCACAUGCUCGGAUACCCAGCGCACUUUGGACAGAUCGAGUGCCUCAAGCUCGUUGCGUCUCCGCGCUUCAGCGACAAGCGCCUCGGAUACCUCGGUAUCAUGCUGCUCCUCGACGAGAACCAAGAGGUCCUGACGCUCGUGACCAACUCACUCAAGAAUGACAUGAACCAUUCGAACAUGUACGCCGUCGGCCUCGCGCUUUGCACGUUCGCCAACAUCUCGUCCGAGGAGAUGUCGCGCGACCUGUGCAACGAGAUCGAGAAGCUGCUGGGUAGCACUAACACCUACAUCCGCAAGAAGGCGGCUCUGUGCGCGCUCCGCAUCAUCCGCCGUGUGCCCGACCUCAUGGACCACUUUACCGAGCGCGCAAAGCACCUUCUGCAGGACCGCAACCAUGGCGUGCUUCUCGCUGGCAUUACCCUCGUGACCGAGAUGUGCGACCUCGAUGACGAGAUUGCCGCCCAGUUCCGCGCUGCUACGGCCUUGCUCGUCAAGCACCUCAAGUCGCUUGUGACGACCGGCUUCAGCCCAGACCACGAUGUGGGCGGCAUCAGCGACCCCUUCCUCCAGGUCAAGGUGCUCCGCCUCCUGCGCAUCCUGGGACGCGGUGACGUCGAGGCGUCUGACAUCAUGAAUGACAUCCUGGCGCAGGUCGCGACGAACACGGACGCGUCGAAGAACGUCGGCAACUCGAUCCUGUACGAGACCGUCCUGACUGUGCUCGAGAUCGAAGCGGACAGCGGUUUGCGUGUCAUGGCCAUCAACAUCCUCGGCAAGUUCCUUACCAACAGAGACAACAACAUUCGUUACGUUGCGCUCAACACGCUCAACAAGGUUGUUGGUAUCGACACAAACGCAGUGCAGCGCCACAGGAAUACCAUCCUUGACUGUCUGCGCGACGGUGACAUUUCAAUCCGCCGCCGUGCGCUCGAGCUCUCGUACGCCCUCAUCAACGAGGGCAACGUGCGCGUCAUGACCCGCGAGCUGCUCGCAUUCCUCGAGGUUGCCGACAACGAGUUCAAGUCAGGCCUUACCACGCAAAUCUGGCUCGCUGCCGAGCGGUACGCGCCUAACAAGCGCUGGCACAUUGACACUGCACUGCGUGUUCUCAACACCGCGGGCAACUAUGUGCGCGACGAGAUUCUGGCUGCGUUCAUCCGCCUUGUGGCUCACACGCCUGAGCUACAGUUCUACACCGCGCAGCGCCUUUUCGCGGCUCUCUCGUUGGACCUGUCGCAGGAGUCGCUCACUAUGGCAGCCAUAUGGAUCAUCGGCGAGUUUGGCGAUGUGCUUCUCCAGGGUGGCACGGUCGACGACGGCGAGGAGGUCAAGCAAGUCACGGACGAGGCGAUUGUCGACCUCUUCGAGACAGUCCUCAACUCGCCUUACGCCAACACUCUUGUGCGGCAAUGGGUCCUGACCGCUCUGGCCAAGUUAACCGAGCGCUUCAACGAACGCGGUCUCAAUGGCCAGCAGGAGCGCGUAAGCGCCCUUGUCGCCGGCUACAGCAGCAACCUGGAGCUCGAGAUCCAGCAGCGCAGUGUGGAGUUCGGUAACCUCCUUAUAAUGGGCGAUCUCAAGCAGGGUAUUCUUGAGCGCAUGCCGCCUCCUGAGAUCCGUGCCACCAUCAUGGGCACUGUCAGCGAGCGGCGUACGGUGGGCACCACGCGUGCGGACAAGGAUACUGUUGUUGAUCUCAUCGGCGAUGAUCUUGGCUCUGGCCCAGCGACGCCGUUGAACGGUAACCCGGCCCAGUCUCAGCAGUCGACGCAGGACCUGCUGGCGGACAUCUUUGGCUCGUCGGACAUGGGCUCUUCUGAGCCUGCAACGCCCGCCGCCGCCGCGCCAUCACAGCCCGCGCGCAGCCGCAACCAGGACAUCAUGAGCCUCUUUGGCGCUUCUCCGUCCACCUCCCCUCCCUCGACGUCGCCGCCCCCAGUCCAGACUGGAGCCGGGUCGCUCUUCGACCUCGUCACGCCCUCGGCGUCCGUGUCUGCCAGUUCACCACCUGUCCGUUCUCCGCCACCCGCCGAUCGGUCUCCUCCCCGCUCCCAAAUACCCCAGCUGCAGAGCUAUCCAGCUUACGACAAGAACGGGCUCAAGAUCACCCUGACGCCCAAGACGGGUGCCCAGCCCGGGGUUGUGCAGAUCCUCGCGCGUUUCACAGCCUCUAUCCGCGUGGAGGGUGUCAAUCUCCAAGUAGCCGUUCCCAAGACGCAGCAGCUGCAGAUGCAGGCUAUCUCCCAGCCCGACAUUGCCCCGGGCGUUACCGAGACACAGCAGCUGCGCAUCCUUGCGCCACCAGGGGCCCAGAUCCGCCUCCGCCUCCGGCUCCAGUACAGGGUCAACGGCAAGCCCGUGCAGGACCAGCAGGACUUUGCCGGGUUCCCAGCCAAUCUCACUGCGGCAGAGUAG